AUGCGAUCAGACAAGAAAAAACGUUACUCGCCGCCGAAUUCGCUUCGUGUGGCUCCGCAACGUCAAUGGCAGCCAACAGGACAAACCGCUACUACCACUCCAUAUACAAAUCUUUAUACCUCAAGAGCGACACCAUCUGAAUAUGUAGCACCACAAUCACCUUUAGUGAAUCCUCCACCGUCUAUCAUUCAAGCACAACCACCGAUGAAUUCACCGCGUGAACUUGGUGUUGAUCCGACAUAUCGACCCGAGCAAACCCAUUAUUAUCAAGAGAGGUUAAUCGCAGAACCAAUUCAAACAACGCAGCAUACCUGGCAAACAACAGUUAGUACACCAACACCGGUAACCACAGUUGUUGGAUAUGUGCAAAAUCUACCGCAAACACCACCAGUUCCCACAUAUCAUACAUCAUCUGUAUAA